UGCGGGCAAUGGGGAGGCGCGGGGUUAGGGAGAAGUUGAGCUCCCCGGGAGCCGAUCUGAGAGGAGGGCGGUGCUGCCGUGUGGCGGGCGGGAAACCAGGAAAAAUGAGGAGUGUAGUUUACAGUUGGGAAAGAGGCGGUGUGUUAAAACACCGGCCUUCUGUCUCAAGUCUGCAAGCUUAAACGUCUUAGCGACUGUUCUGAGCGUUGUGGUCGUGUGCGUUGCCGCUUGGCUUUCUGUUUUUAUUCCGUUUAAAAAUUAUAUCUCACUGUUUCGGCGUUGCUUGGCUUGUUGAUAGCGCGUUUUUACUGAGCGUACAUGGAGGGGAGCACCAAUCAAACGGCGUUGUAUGCCUCAUCUUACAGCACGCGGGGUGACGUCAAGGAAAAACCUGAAACUCACGGGGUGGGAUUGCGUUUGAAGCUGUUUGUGUAGCCCUGAGUCCCUGCACCCUCAGGGCUGCGCGGUUCCAUUUUGCCCACGUAGACAAAGCAGUAGGCUGGUUUAUUUUUCAUGCCAUGUCCAUAUAACAGUCAAAAUCUUAAUUGAUGUAAGCCAGACUUUGAGGUUGGAGUGUGUGUAACCCUUCAGAUAUGCAGGCCUGAAAAUUACAUGGCUAAACAACAUGCCUGAGCAAUUCUUACUGGGCUCUGACAUCACUGCCUGUUUUUUCUUGGUGAACAACAGGUUUGAAGUCACUAGAACAGUCCUUAUGCUUUUUUUCAGCUGAGACAUAACAAAUGACAUGUUCAUAUUAAUUAUAAGGGAGGUUAUGUUCGUUUGGUUCUCUGUCUUUGUAAUUUUAGCUCUUCCUGUUUUUGAAAUGAACAAUUAUCUUCAUGGUGGUAGAUAGCACAGUGCUAGAUGGAUGCAGAGACAGAGGGAAGGAGCUACUGAGAAAAGGUUUUUCCUGCAGCUGUUUCUGUCUUACAAAUGAUCUUGUAAGACAGCUGUGUUUUAGACUGUGAGCCCUCGACAGCUAUGAGGGCUUCAAGGGGAACCUUGUUACAGGAUCAGGGUGCAAAAGCCACCUUUCAAUUGCAUGUUUGUUUAUUGUUUAUUUGUUUAUUUUCUUCAUAUUUUUAAACAGGUUACCUUGAAGAAAAUUCUACAGUGUAAUUUUAUGGUGUCCAAGCAGUUCAUCUAUUGAUACUUAGUAAAUCUGUAGUAAAAUAGCUUCUAAGAGUGCCAUCAUCUGGAUUCAGAGGUUACUUUUAGGAAAAUGUGGACUGCCAGAAGUCUCUGUACUGCACAAAUACAAUUACUUGAGUUGAAAGAAGGCAGAUUGUGUAGUUCCAUUCUUCCGAAAAAACAGCAGUUCUGGACUGGAAUUCUAAACUGUUGUACCCUGAGAGCACCAUAUGAUAGAGCUAAAUACCAGGUUUCCAAGAUGAAUGAAGACCAGUCAGUAAUAGAUACUGCAGUUGCUGUUAGUGCAGAAGGAACUAAAAGAACUUCUGGAAAUAGUCCCAGUGGAGAAUAUGAUGGAAAACAACGCAUAUUGGAAGGAAAAAUGAAACAUGUCAAUCUGUCAUUUGCAUCGUGUGGGUUUCUGGGUAUUUACCACUUGGGGGCAGCAGCUGCUCUUUACAGGCAUGGUAAGAAGUUACUGAAAGUUGUGAAAGAUUUUGCAGGAGCUUCUGCGGGAUCCCUGGUUGCCACUGUCUUAUUAGCAGUACCAGAAAAUAUAGAGAAAUGUCAGCAGUUUACCUAUGAAUUUGCGGAAGAAGUCAGAAAAUUGGACUUUGGUGCAGUAACUCCUGGUUACGAUUUUAUGAAAAGACUUAGGGAAGGCAUAGAAUCUAUUCUUCCUUCUAAUGCUCAUGAGAUAGCUGAGAAUCGGCUCUAUGUGUCUGUUACUAAUGUAAGAAAUGGGAAAAAUUACUUGUUUUCAAAUUUUGCCUCCAGGGAGGAUCUCAUUAAGGUCCUGCUAGCAAGUAGUUUUAUACCAGUAUAUGCUGGAAUGAAGCCAGUCGAGUAUAAAGGAGAGAAGUGGGUUGAUGGUGGCAUUACCAAUGGCCUCCCUAUCUUGCCUUUUGGACGAACGAUUACGAUUUCGCCUUUCAGUGGUCGAUUAGAUAUCUGUCCACAAGAUAAAGGACGUGUGGAUCUGUAUGUUAAAUUUGCAAAACAAGAUAUAAUGUUGUCUUUGGCCAAUCUAGUAAGACUUAAUCAAGCUAUGUUCCCACCAAACCAGGAGAAAAUGGAAUCACUGUACCAAAAUGGAUUUGAUGAUGCUGUACAUUUUUUACUAAAAGAAAACUGGUUUGAAUAGGCAAAACAUAAAAAAUAAAACCGGAUGGCUUUCAAAACACAGCUAUAGACAUUCUGAUUCAAAUCUAAGAGAUUGUUAUCACAAUUUCUGUUUAUUGAAAAAUCCCAUUUGGAAUUGCAUCAUCUUCUGCCAGGAAAGUAUCGGCUCCACUCAGAAGACCUGUAUAAACUUGUCUGAUUGAGAACUGUACUUGCCUAGUACUUGGCUUGUUUGAGAAGAUUCAUGUUUUGAUCCAUUUUGCUUCAGAACUGGACUUUAAAUUGGCAAUUGUAAAAGCUUCUGUUACCAUAAUUAUAGAAAUUUAGAAGACUUUUCUGAUGUUAUUUGAGAGACUAAUCAGUGUUGUAGUCUGUAUUCCUCACUUAAUAUAGCAGUUGUGCAUGCUCGUUGAGUGUUUGCAUUAUUGCUAAUCCAAUUGACUUCUUCAAGCAUUUUAAAGGAUCUGAACUCAGCUCUAGCCACAAAAAAUAAAACAUUUGCACUUUUACCUCUGAUACAUUUAUUUUUUUGAACAUUAAAGUUUUCAUGCUUCUUAGUGAAUGCACUUUCUCAAUUAGAAAUACUACUUGAAACUUUUGUAACAGAAUUGUGAUGUUUUGUUCACUAAAAAUAUCUUGUACAGUGGAGUAGUUAUUUUUACUGUGUUUUCUUCUGCUGCUAAAAUUGAGUGAACUUAUUUUCUUGAAGCUUUUGUGAAGAACUUAUUUGUGAGUUUCUCAGAAUGCUUUAUUCAUGAAAUAAAAUAAAUGUUUUAUUACAACCUGAUAAAGUGCCUGGAUA